CUAGCUGUAAGUUUGGCCACUCCUAUAAAGCUGGAACAACUGAAAAUAUAUGAUAAAUAUUUUCUGAAGACAUUAGCAACAUGAAUGAAGAUAAAGAAGCAAAGCAUGGAGGACAUAAGAAUGGAAAGAAAGAAGGACUCUCUGGAAGUUCAUUUUUCACAUGGUUUAUGGUAAUUGCAUUGCUGGGCGUCUGGACUUCUGUAGCUGUUGUUUGGUUUGACCUUGUUGAUUAUGAGGAAGUUCUAGCCAAAGCAAAGGACUUCCGUUAUAACUUGUCAGAGGUACUUCAAGGGAAGUUGGGAAUCUAUGAUGCUGAUGGUGAUGGCGAUUUUGAUGUUGAUGAUGCCAAAGCUUUAUUAGAGGAACCAGGUGGGGUAGCCAGGAGAAAAGCUAAGGCCAAAGUGAAAGAAGUAAUUAAAGAAGAGCUUAAGAAGGUGAAGGAGAAACCAGAGUCAAAGAAAGAAAAUAAGAGUGAAGAUAAAAAGAAAGGGAAGAAGGAAAAAGAUGACCGGAAGGAUAAGUUUGCUGCUGAUUCAGAUAAAUCCAAAAAAGAAUCUUCAAAGGGCAAAAAAAAUAGGGAAAAAGAGAAAAUAUUACCAGAGAAAAGUACCAAAGACAAAGAUAUAAAAAGAUCAGUAAGUGGAAAGGAUGCUUCUACUAAAAUGACAUCUAGACACAAGGAAGAGAAAAAAGUAGAUAAAAAUCCUUCUAAGCUUGGAAGCUUAGCAAAAAGUUAUGACCCUAAAAAAAAGAACUAAGUCUUCAUUACUUCCAUCAGCAUGGAAUGUUAAAUGAUGUACCAUUAAUUAUUAGUUGUUAAAUUAUUAAAUGAUACUGUUAAUUUUCAACUUCUGAAACCCACUUCUCUGAUCCUAGUUUGUAAUAGCUACUUAAAUCUUUCUGUAUUUACAAGUAUGUAUGCUUGUAAACAAAAAAUCUACUGACUCCACAAUGAAUUUAUUUUAAAAAUUUGUUUGCAAUAUUGAAAACUUGACUGAUUUAAUAAUUUCUUUCAUUAAUUUAAUUUGCUUUCUGUGUAUUGAAGUAUUUUUUCAA